GUCGGUCGCCAGAAGUUUUGAGACAGACUGACUGACGACUGUUCUCCCUGUCCUCGUCUCCCAAAGGAGGAACGUUUCUUUCGCUGCUAGUAGCUGUAUAGAGGAGUGUACAUCUCUGAACAUGAAGGCAUUUGAAAUUUUCAUUCUGGCAGAAAUUGUGGGCUCCUUUCAUGCUUUUUCAAGACCUGAUCCAAUCCAUUGCAUCUGGAAUCCAUAUGGUCCUUGGUCAGAAUGUGAUGGCUGUAGUAAGACCCAGAUUCACAGACGAACAGUGGCAAUAUAUGGGCAGUUUGGAGGACAUCCAUGUUCCGGGAAUUCAUUCGAAUCUCGUGCUUGUAUUCCUACAAGAGGGUGUCCAACAGAGGAUGGCUGCGGUGAUCGUUUUCGAUGUACUUCAGGGCAGUGUAUAAGCAGAUCAUUGGUGUGCAAUGGAGAUCACGAUUGCGAGGAAGACAGUGCUGAUGAAGACCGAUGCGAGGCCAUCAAGGUGGUGUGUGACAGUGAUAAGCCGCCUCCUAACGUAGAGCAGACAGGCACAGGCUUCAACGCCCUUACAGGCGAGGCCAGAGGAAGAGUCAUCCAUGUGAAAAGUUUUGGUGGCCAGUGCAGAAAGGUGUUUAGUGGUGACCAGAGAGAAUAUUAUCGCCUGAGCGAUAGUGUCCUUGCUUACACAUUCCAGGUGAAGAUUCAGAAUGAUUUCAGCGCCGAGAUUUACAACAGUAGCUGGUCUUAUCGGAAGCGCACAGAGAACAAAGUAAUUUCAAGUUCAGGCCAUGACUAUAACCCCAGCACACAUUCUUCAGACAAUUCACAGAGUAACCACUUGAUGGUUAUUGAAAACAAUGUGGAAGUUGCUCAGUUCAUCAAUAAUCGGCCAGAAUUUCUAACUCUUGCCGAGCCUUUCUGGAAAGAGCUUGCCAACCUCCCUGCCUUCUAUGAAUACAAUGCAUACCGAAAAUUAAUUGACCAUUUUGGAACACAUUUCUUUCAUUCUGGAUCUUUAGGAGGACAUUAUAAAGUCAUAUUUCGUGUGGGUACAGAUAGCAUAAACACACAAGCUAUGAGCAUGAGGGACAUGCAUGAAUGUACGACAUCAGGCUGGAAUUUCGUCUUUGUAAAGAAGAGUAAAACAGAAUGCACCAAACUGGAUUCUUUGUUAAAGCAGUCAUCAGGUGGCAGCAGCAACCAGAUUAAAACGGAGCCCUUUGUCGAGGGUGGAAGUCCAGCGGCUGUAGCUGGCCUAAGCUAUUUGGACCUCAACGAUCCUGUUGCAAACACUCAACGGUAUUCCUUAUGGGCGAGAUCGGUGUCCACAUAUCCCAAAGUCAUUAAGCAAAAGAUAACACCACUGUAUGAAUUGGUCAAGGAAGUCCCUUGUGCCUCGGUCAAACGGCACUACCUGAAACAAGCCAUUGAAGAGUACUUGUCUGAAAAUGAUCCCUGCAAAUGCCGGCCAUGUCAAAAUGGCGGCCAGCCAGUAAUUAUAGAGACUCAGUGCCUAUGUUUCUGCAAGCCAUAUACUUUCGGAGUAGCUUGUGAACUGGGAACUCUUGUCCAAGACCAGCCCGGAGUCAUCGAUGGAGGCUGGAGCUGCUGGUCUUCCUGGAGCUCUUGUACACGAGGAAGGAAAUCAAGAAGCAGAACCUGUAAUAAUCCAAAUCCCAGGGGCGGGGGAAAGUCUUGCAUUGGAGAAGCAACUGAAAACCGUCAGUGUGAAGAUGAGGAGUUGCAACAUUUUCGUUCGAUAGAACCUCACUGCUUCGAUGUGUCUGCGUUUGGUACAGAAUCCUGCCCACGGCCUCCUCCCUUGGAAAAUGGAUACGUUCAAGAUGCAGAUUCAUCUUAUCCAGUGGGUAAAAGUGUCAUCUACACAUGCAAUGACGGAUAUGCUCUUGUGGGGAAUUCUGUUGCUACAUGUGGUGAAGGCUUCAGAUGGAUAGUUGGACAACUGGAAUGCCAGAAAACAGCUUGCGUAUUACCUGUGUUGGAAGGAGGACUGAGGAGAGACCCGGUAAAACAUUUGUAUGAAAUCGGUGAGAAAGUGAAACUAUCAUGCCCAGAUGACAUGCAGCUGGAGGGGGCGAGUCUUCUCUUGUGUCAGCCUAGUCUGAAGUGGUCUCCUGACAUUGACAAUAUCCAGUGUAGGAGAAGAGUGCCCAGUGUGGAUGCAGAACCAAGACAGACUGAAUGCCAACCAUGGGAGAAAGUUCAACAGACAAGCUGCGUGUGUAAGAUCCCCAAUGAGUGCGGGCCUUCCCUGGACAUCUGUGCAAGGGAUGCAAGAACCAGCCGAGCUACUUUGCUAACCGUUUGUAAGCUACAUGCUCUGGAGUGCAUGGGCAGGCAGUAUACUUUGGUCAGUAAGGAAAACUGCAGAACACCUGCUGCGACUGAGAGACCUUGUGGCUCAUGCCACCUGUGGGAGACGUGUGAUGAUUCCACCAAGAAAUGCACAUGCAGACGAGAGGGACCCUGCAGCAGCCCCGGAAUAAGCCUUUGUGUCCAACAGGAUGGCAGCGACGCCCAGCAGACAAUGACGGAAUGCCAGGCCGGCCUCCUCAAGUGCCAGGGGAGCCCCUUCACCAUUGUCAGCAUAAGACCCUGCCCUGCACCGAGUGCCUAACAGAUGUUUUCCGAUGGCCCUAAGAUAACUCAGCUACAUCAGGAGACUAAAGUGAAGCACUUUUGA